CAACGGAUGCAGAUAAUCAAGCAGCAACAGGAAACUCCGAAGGCUCAGUGCCGCACACAAGCAAAGCGAAAGCAAUUAAAAGUAAAACUAAACGGGUGAUAUUCAAAGCCAAAACCGCAUCGAUACGACGCUUAAAAAUGAGCAACAAUAUUGUUGGCAAAAACAUUGGUGGCACCACUGGUGGCAUGAGCAUUAGCGGUGGCAGUGGCGGUGGCGGUGCACCUACUUCGCAUCUAAAUCCACGCAAUUAUUUUUCACUCAAUCGUCAGCCGUCGCAAAAGCCGCGCGCCAGCUAUCCGGAGAUAAUGCAGCCACGUCUCUCGUUGAACGGUACUUUGCGUCAUUUGGUGCCAUCACCACGUCCGCUCUAUCGGGAUCACAGCUCACGCUCGAUACAACCGUUGACGGCCAACGAACAGCAAAUGGCCGAAUUGGAUGGCAGUUUCUAUGGCAACACUUUGGGUUGCUUCAGUACAGGCGGUGGUGGCAAUAAGGGUGGCGGUGCGGGUGUUGGCCGCGCUGGCUUUGGUGGUGGUGGUGGUGGCGAAAGUAAUACGGGAUUUCACACAACUGAAUUAUCGAUUACGCCAACGCUAACUGGCGAUGAGCAGUAUAUCGAUUUGGGUAGCCUACGUCGCUUCUCGAUCGAUCGUCAGAGCUUUCUUGAUCUCGGAUCGAAAUUUAGCAUGCCACAGCCGAAAUUCGGUCAGAGCGUCUCACAGCAAGGUUUCUUCACAUCACACGACAGCCUCGCCACACCAUGCGCAUCACGUGCCUCCAAUCCACAUGUGGCCACUGUAAGCACUGCCUCCGAAAUGGAUUUACUGCACAGCAGCAACAAACAGCGUCGCAAAUCUCGCGGCCGCCUGAAAACGAUGUCCGGCGAGCAACCGUUACUCGAUUCGUGGCAACGUUCAGCGACGGCGCGCAGUUCACAAGACAACACAUUGGCCGGCGGUUUGGCGGGGAGUAAUCAAUUUAGCGGGAAUUUCUGCAACGGCACUGAUAGAUAUCCCCGCUCACGUUCCGGUACCUCAACGACCACUGCCCCGCCGCAUAGCGGCCCCUCACACGCGCAUCAAUCGUCACAUCAGCUACACCAUUCGGCGUCGGUGUCGCAUGCGCACCAUCCACCGUCACAUGCAUCGCAUUUAUCAUCACAACAACAACAACAGUCCGCAGCAACACAUCAUCAGCAGCAACCACAUCGAACCGCCUCGCAACGAUUUCGUGCCGCCACUGCCUCGCGUAAAUUCCACUUUGUGUUCGAUCCAGCGGGGCGUCUAUGCUACUACUGGUCCAUGGUUGUAUCAUUAGCGUUCCUCUAUAAUUUCUGGGUGAUAAUCUAUCGUUUCGCCUUUCAAGAGAUCAAUCGACGAACGAUUGCCAUUUGGUUUUGUCUCGAUUAUUUCUCCGAUUUUUUAUAUCUCAUAGAUAUAUUCUUUCAUUUUCGUACCGGUUACUUGGAGGAUGGUGUCCUACAAACCGAUGCGACCAAACUGCGACAACACUAUAUGAAUUCGACAACAUUCUACAUUGACUGCCUAUGUUUGCUGCCAUUGGAUUUUUUAUAUCUAUCAAUCGGAUUCAAUUCGAUAUUGCGUUCAUUUCGUUUGGUGAAAAUCUAUAGAUUUUGGGCAUUUAUGGAUCGUACCGAACGACAUACAAACUAUCCGAACUUAUUUCGUUCGACAGCAUUGAUACACUACCUACUUGUGAUAUUCCAUUGGAACGGAUGUCUGUAUCAUAUUAUACAUAAGAACAAUGGAUUCGGUUCACGGAAUUGGGUCUAUCACGAUUCCGAAUCGGCCGAUGUAGUUAAACAAUAUUUACAAAGUUAUUAUUGGUGUACGUUAGCUUUAACGACGAUCGGGGAUUUGCCGAAGCCCAGAUCGAAGGGUGAAUACGUCUUUGUGAUAUUACAAUUGCUAUUCGGACUGAUGCUGUUCGCGACGGUGUUGGGUCAUGUGGCGAACAUUGUGACGUCGGUGAGUGCGGCACGCAAGGAAUUUCAAGCCAAAUUGGAUGGCGUGAAAACGUACAUGCGUAUGCGUCGUGUGCCCAAUCAUCUGCAGGUGAAAGUCAUUAAAUGGUUCGAUUACCUGUGGCUGACCCAAAAAUGUUCCGACGAGGAGCGAGCUGUAUCCUGUCUUCCUGAUAAAUUAAAGGCUGAAAUAGCAAUUAACGUCCAUUUAGAUACACUUAAGCGAGUUGAAAUUUUUCAAAAUACCGAAGCGGGUUUCCUAUGCGAAUUGGUGCUACGUCUGCGGCCGGUACUCUUCUCACCCGGUGACUACAUCUGUCGGAAGGGCGAGGUUGGCAAGGAGAUGUACAUUGUGAAUCGCGGCCGUCUGCAGGUGGUCGCCGACAAUGGCAAGACGGUAAUGGCUUCACUGAAGGCAGGUUCCUAUUUUGGCGAGAUUAGUAUACUGAAUAUGGGCACAGCAGGUAAUCGCCGCACUGCCUCGGUACGCUCGGUGGGCUAUAGCGAUCUCUUCGUGUUGAGCAAAAAGGAUAUGUGGGAUGUGCUGAAAGAAUAUCCGGCAGCGCGUGUGCGACUGGAGUCCAUAGCGGUGAAACGUUUGGAGAAAUACAAAAAAGCGCCGUUAGAGAAAGUAAAAUACUUUAAUGUAGUUGCCAUGGGACGCUGCCAAUCGACGCCCGGUUUGGUGGAGAGUUGCGGCCGCACCACCUUGGAAGAUAUGUGGUUGCCACCGCCGACAGCAUUGUCAUUCGCGCAACAACAACAAAUACAGCAGCAAAGUGUAUCUUAUAGUCGUGCUCCCAGUCCCCGCUCAACCAUCACCUAUACGGAACGCAUCACACGCGCAACCGAUUCACCCGGCUCGGUAAGUCCCAGUGUACAUAGUUCGGAUGAUCGGCCGCGCAGUCGGGCGACGUCGCAUCAUUCAACACGACCACAAUCGCAGCCAAGUCGAACAGGUCACAUCUGCGAUUCCAGUUCCCAUCUAGAGUGUUACGGUGGCGGUUUGUCCGCCGCUAGCGGUGGCAUCGGUGGUGGCGGCACUACGCCACUACUCGGUUCACAUGAAGCCUUAGAGGAUGAAAUCAAACGACUGCGCGAGCGUCUACACACUGUAGAGUCGGAGAAUCAAGCACUGAAUACGAAACUAUCACAGCAGCAAUGGGAUUUAGAGAAUCGUCUGGCCGAGAUUGAGAUGCAAAUAUGCGGUGUCUCAUCGACUUCCAGUCUGGAUCCGGAGAAUGAGACCGAGGAGAUGGAACGGAAUCGCGAGAGUAUCAUAUAACACGGGAGCGAGCUGCCCCAUCAGCCGAUCGCGCCAACGAAACGAAAUAUCCAAAUUAAAGCAUCUUAUAGCUACAAGCUGCCAAAACGCCCAUUUUAGUGAAUGCGCAGCAGGUGAACACCAGCCAAAUAAAUCUUCUGU